UCAAUUAAUGGCGUCCCUGUCCCUGUCCGUCUCUCUCGCUCGUGGGGCAGAGCGCGGAACAUUAGUCAAUGGACCGCGAAGACUUCUUCCUUCCACGGUCGCCCAAUUCCAUAAGAGGAAUCUCGUGACCUGUCUUGCAGCAUGCAUACUUUCAUCAGUUCUUGGCUGCUUAAUUAAUUAGAUGUUGCGAGGAAAUUACUGCUACUUUAUAGACUUCUUAAGUAUCUGCCUUUUUUUUUUCUUCCCCCAAGCGCGUUUCAGUUCACCUAAUUUUGACAGCAGUUGAAAAGAAUCUUUACCCGAGUUACCAAACACAUGUCUGGAGUCGUAUGAAUCCUUGUCACCAGAACUGAAACUUGUUAGGCCGCUCUUGAAAAAACCCUCCAUCUGGCAGCCGUUUUCUCUCAUGCAUGCACACACCUCAUCCAUCUUCCUAGUGGGAAUACAUGUGGAGAGAGGAACACCAAGAUAUAUAUAUGUUAGAGUGGUUGGCCAGUAAAAGGCAGAGCACACUAUACACCGCAGUACGCCUGUCUGUCAUCACUCAUAUCAUAAGAAGAUGAUCACAUCUCGCACACAAGCAUAUGCAUAUCACUCAUUCCAGAGAAUGAGAUGACAAGACGUUGUUGCACCACUUUUAUUCCGCAGUUGAUGCUGGCUCAGGUGAGGAUGAUGCCUGGUUCAAUGGCUGCGCGCCAACCUCUGCAAGGGAAGCAGGAGCUGCAGCCAUACGAUGGCCGUGACCCUUCAGCGCUCGGGGCCGGGGGUAGUCCAGUUCUUCUGCCCCGGCAGCAGGAAAGCGCCGCUCCACCGGCCGUGCGGGUAGCGCCGCCGCCGGACAUGUCGUCGUCGUCGGGGUCGGGGAGGAGUGCGACGGAGGCGAGGGCCCUGAAAGUCCACAGCGAGGCCGAGCGGCGGCGCCGGGAGAGGAUCAACGCUCAUCUGGCUACGCUCAGGAGGAUGGUUCCUGAUACCAGGCAGAUGGACAAGGCCACCUUGCUUGCCAGAGUGGUGGAGCAAGUGAAGCUCCUGAAGAGGAAAGCAAGCGAGGCCGCCACCACCACCACCCAGAGCACGCCCCUGCCCCCGGAGACCGACGAGGUCUCCAUCGAGCUCCACACCGGCGACGCCGGCGCCGACAGGUCCGUCUACAUAAGGGCCUCGAUAAGCUGCGCCGACCGGCCGGACCUCGUCGCCGGGCUCGCCCAGGCGUUCCAUGGCCUGAGGCUGAAGACGGUGAGGGCCAACAUGACCUCGUUAGGAGGAAGGGCGCGGCAUGUGUUCGUGCUGUGCAUGGAGGAGGGCUGGGGAAGUGCAGGUGCAGGUGCAGGUGCAAGCCUCAGGUCUCUGAAGGAGGCUGUCAGGCAGGCGUUAGCAAGGGUUGCUUCCCCAGAAACGGCAUACGGGAGUAGUCCCUUUCAGAGCAAGCGGCAGAUGAUUCUUGAGUCGCAUUAGGGUCAGGGCUUUGGCACCGAAAAAAAAACCAGAGCCUGCCAAACAGCGGUUUUUAAAAACACCUCUUUCGAAAAGUACUUCAAAAAUCUGAGCAUUUUAUACUAUGGAGGAAAAGACACAAAUCCUAACUUCACUAGCUCUCUGCUCCUUUCAGUAAGUGGUGUUUUAUAAAAUUGAGGAUAAGCCAUAUUUGUCAAAUAAUUUAUGAAAUGGCUUUAGCUCCACCCAAAAAGAUACUUUCAAAAAAAAAACGGAGUCAGAGUUUGGGCAAGCUAAGGCUUGCCAAACAGAUCCUUACUCGAUCAUGUCCAUACAACAGGAUAAAGAUUGCUACUGUGCUAGUAUAAAAAGUAUUUAGAAAAUUGGAAGAGACACGUAGGUCUAAGACCGCUGGAUCAUAACGUCGACACAAUGGUAUGUACAUACAAGGUUUAUAGAGAUUUAGUCUGCUUGAGCGCACGUCAUAUGUCCUCUGGAUAAUUAAUGUUUAAAUGCAAGAGUGAGCAGAUAUCACGUGAUCAGUCAAGACUCAAGAAUGAGCAGAUGUUUAUUCCAUUUGAUAAA